AUGUAUGUACUGUGUGACAAGAGUCUGGAAUUGAAUGGUAGAGCUGAAAAAUGAAGAAUCCAAUUUGGGUGGCAGUAUUAGUAUUGGUGGUUUUAACAGAUAGUAAAAAUAAUAAUAAUAUUAUUAUUGGGUACGCCCAAUUGCUGAGGACAGACUUCUACCGGACGACAUGUCCGAACGUGGAGUCCCUUGUCCGCGCCGCCGUACAGGCCAAAUUCCGGCAGACUUUUGUCACUGCUCCGGCCACUCUCCGCCUCUUCUUCCACGACUGCCUUGUCCGGGGGUGUGAUGGAUCGAUAAUGCUUGCGGUGCCAAACGGGCAAGCGGAGAAAGAUCAUCCGGACAACCUGUCGCUGGCCGGAGACGGAUUCGACACGGUGGUGAAGGCCAAGGCCGCAGUGGACAGCGAUCCUCAGUGCCGGAACAAAGUGUCCUGUGCCGACAUAUUGGCCUUGGCCACAAGGGAUGUCGUCAAUUUGGCAGGGGGGACAUUUUACCCAGUGGAGUUGGGAAGGCGGGAUGGAAGAGUGUCUACAAUUGCAAGCGUUCAGCGCCGGCUCCCAGGUCCCGGGUCCAACUUGGACCAGCUGAGCUCCAUCUUCGCCUCACACGGCCUUGACCUCACUGAUUUAGUUGCCCUCUCAGGGUCGCACACGAUCGGGUUCUCCCACUGCAGCCGGUUCGCGAACCGUAUAUACAACUUCAGCCCGCAAAGCAGGAUCGAUCCGAGCCUCAAUCUACAAUACGCACUGCAGCUAAGGCAAAUGUGUCCCAUAAGGGUCGACCCGAGGAUCGCGAUCAAUAUGGAUCCAGCGAGCCCCAAUACAUUCGACAAUGCUUAUUUUCAGAACCUCCAGCAAGGAAGGGGCCUGUUUAGCUCGGACCAGGUGCUGUUUACGGACGGGCGUACGAGGAACAUUGUGAACCAGUUUGCAGCCAGCAAUGUUGCCUUCAACCAGGCAUUUGCACUGGCCAUGACAAAGUUGGGGAGAGUUGGGGUCUUGACAGGGAGCCAAGGGGAAAUCAGGAUUGAUUGCACCAGGCCAAAUUAGGCUUCUUUCUCAUUCUCAUUCUCAUUAUUUCACUCAAUUUAAUUAUUUUGUAAAUUGAUUAUAUUUUCAAGUGAGUUUGUUUGUUGCUCAUUGGAAGAAUAAUUAUUUAAGAGCUGUAACCUAGUUACAGUUUCUUAUCAAUUUAAGUUUCAAUCGUCAAUCUUGGCUUGUAUUCACUUUGAUGUA